AUGACAAUUAUUCAUAAUCCAACAUGGUGGAAAGAGGCCACUGUCUACCAAAUCUAUCCUGCUAGUUUCAAGGACUCCAACAACGACGGUUGGGGUGACUUGGCCGGAAUCACCUCCAAGCUUGACUACGUCAAAGAGUUAGGUGUUGACGCAAUAUGGGUAUGCCCAUUUUAUGAUUCUCCUCAGGAAGAUAUGGGCUAUGAUAUUGCAAACUAUGAGAAGACUUGGCCUCGUUACGGUACUAAUGAGGAUUGUUUCCGCAUGAUCGAGGAAUCUCAUAAAAGAGGCAUCAGAGUCAUCGUUGACUUAGUUAUUAACCACUGUUCCGAAGAGCACGAGUGGUUCAAGGAGAGCAGAUCUUCCAAGACCAAUUCAAAGCGUGACUGGUUUUUUUGGAGACCUCCUAAGGGCCAUGACGCCGAAGGUAAUCCAAUUCCCCCAAACAACUGGAGAUCUUUCUUUGGUGGUUCUGCCUGGAGAUAUGAUGAGAAAACAGGCGAAUUCUUCUUGCACGUGUUCGCUCCAGGUCAACCUGAUUUCAAUUGGGAAAAUGAAGAAUGUCGUAAGGCCAUUUAUGAUUCAUCGGUGGGGUAUUGGCUUCGCCACAACGUUGAUGGCUUCCGGAUUGACGUAGGCAGCAUGUACUCUAAAGUGGAAGGCCUACCAGAUGCACCUGUCACAGAUCCAACCGUUUCUUACCAAGACGGAACUGCUUUUUUCAUAAAUGGACCACGUAUACACGAAUAUCAUAAGGAAAUGCGUAAAUACAUGCUCUCUCAAAUCCCAGAAGGCAAAGAAAUCAUGACCGUGGGUGAGGUUGGUGUCGGUGGUGAGGAUGAUUUCAAGGUUUACACCAGUGCCAAGGAGAAAGAGCUUAACAUGAUGUUCAACUUCAAACAUACCUCUGUUGGCGAAAGCCCCGAAUUCAAGUAUGAACUUAUUCCAUUCACCUUGAAAGACUUUAAGCUGGCUCUUGCCGAGAGCUUUUUGUUCAUUGAGGGGACUGAUUGCUGGUCUACGAUUUAUCUUGAAAAUCACGAUCAGCCUCGUAGUGUUUCGCGUUUUGGUUCUGAUUCUCCCAAGUGGCGCGAAACCUCCUCUAAAAUGUUGGCUACUCUAAUUAUUUCGUUGACCGGUACGGUGUUCAUCUACCAGGGUCAAGAGCUAGGUAUGCCCAACUUCAAGAACAGGAAGAUCGAGCAGAUCAAAUGUGCAGAAGGAACAGGUACUUACGCGGCUAUCAAGCGUGACUAUGGCGAGGACUCAGAAAAGAUGAGAAAGUAUUUUGAAGCAUUGGCCCUUAUUUCCAGGGACCAUGGGAGAACGCCCUUCCCAUGGAACAGUGAUGAAUCAUAUGCAGGUUUUACAAAGGACGCAAAACCUUGGAUCGAUAUGAAUGAAUCAUUCAGAGACGGAAUUAAUGCAGAAGCCGAGCUAAAAGAUAAAGACUCCGUUUUUUUCUUCUGGAAAAGGGCGUUGCAGGCUAGAAAGGAGCACAAGGAUAUCCUUGUGUAUGGGUAUAACUUCCAAUUCUACGAUUUAGACAAUGACGAACUAUUCAUGUUCACCAAGGAUUCUGACAGCAAAAAAAUGUUUGCUGUUUUUAACUUCAGCAGCGACAGCACCGAUUUUCCAGUUCCUGAAGAAAAAGCUUCAUACACCAUGUUUUUUGGUAAUUGUGUGAACUCAGACGGCAAUUCGCGCACCUUGCAGCCAUGGGAAGGGAGACUUUACUACAUGAAAUAA